AUGAUCCCAGAUCCCCCUACCGAUUACAUACCCGUACUCGACAAGAUGAACGGCCGCACCUUUCCAGUGCUUGCCGAUGGCAUCAAAUUCGUGAAAGGUAUUUUAGACCGCCACAAUAUCAAACCACGUGUUUCUCGCAGUGAUUCCAGCCGGAAGUACUUUGUGCUUCCCGACCAAAGCAAGAUUCAUAUCAGCUUCUCGGCUUUGCGCGAAUGUGCCUUGGUCAAGUGCAUUUCCCCACUGAGCUCGCCUAUCCAGUCAUCAUACCCCAGAAUUGAGCCUGUCGAGAUUCAGGAACACAUUGAGGAUAUUUCUAUGGUCAGUGAGAGUUCGCUCACCUUAUUUGAUUCUCUGGAUAUGCUGAAUGUCUCUCGCGAAAGACCCCAAGUACAUGCAACGCCUCAGGGCCUUCGACAACGGUUGGGCGUGUCUUUUGCUAUGCCUAAUAUUAGCUCUAAUGAUGCCUUUGCCACCAAGACCCACCAAAAGAGGAGACAAAGAAUACAGAUGGUUCCGGACAGCGCUAAAAGGCAAAGCAAAGUUCACGAUCGCUCAGUAGAUGUACCCUUUAGCUUGAUACAGGCGGUGAAGGAGACAAAUGACGCGAAUGCCCGGCUUGUGAAUGAGCUAAACCGGGCCCAACAGGAUUAUGAGAAGAUUAGGGGGGAUGUCAGAGGAGAGCUUCACGAGAUUAGGAAGGAGCUUCAAGGGUUCAAGCAAGCUGUGGGAGUGGUAAUUAGCGGUGGUAAUGCAUCAGAUGUUACAGAAAUCAAGAAUAACGUGUUUGACCUCAAGCUUGACAUGCGCAUGCUUAAGGAGUAUAUGGUGGGUCGCAAAGGCUGUUAG